UUUGGGAAUUUGCCUACUAAAACAUAAAAGGAAAAUGGAAUUAAAGAAGGAAAUGAACAAAUAAAUAACCCCCACACCCCACGAAGGCACCAGCUGUUUGUUUCUCGGGAAUCCGAGGAGCCAUGAACUCGCACGUUCCCAGAAACGAGUCAUGGACGGACGAGAAGCACGUGCAUUUCCUCAACUCCAUGGAGGCUUGGUUCGUCCGUACAAUGUUCGAGAACAACGACCGCUAUAACCUCCGUCUCGACCGCCAACUUCCCGACAGCUCCGAGUCCACCCUCGAUUGCAAACACCACAAUGUUCCGACGAGAAAAAAACACGCUUCUUCAGCAGAUUCUAUAGGCACAACAAGAAGCAAAAUGAAGGUUAAAACUGAUAAAAGACCAAAGCGACCACCGCCGCCCCCACAAUCUCAGCCGCAUGAUUCAUCAGAAGAUCAGGUGGUCCCUCAGGUCUGGAACAGAACAGAGGAUAACGAUUAGAAAAAGAUCAUUCCCUACGAACUAAUAUAAGACAUCGGAUAAAUAAGCUUUUAAUUAUUGACUUGUAAUUUUUCUUCUUUUGAUCCCUA